AUGGUCAACGAUGCUUUUGGCAGGGGUUUCGUAGAUCCUGGUGACAGUGCCGGAGGGAAUCUGGCAGCAGCAGUAUCCUUGAAGCUGAGGGACGACAAGGUAAAACCAGCUCUGAAGUCCCAGCUCCUGAUCUACGGUCUCUUCCAAAUGUGCGACAUGUCUCUGCCAAUCAUGAAAGUACGUGAGGAGUAUGAGAACUCCACAUUGAUGUUAGCCUCCUUCUACAAAGCCUAUUUCAGUUUAACUGAGGCUCAGACUCGACUUCUGGUGACGAUGAAGUACUCCACACCGGAAUUGGUGCAGAGAUGUACCAAACUCGUUGAUUACAGACUUCUCCCAAAGGAACUUAUUCCGGAUGGCUAUGAACCGGAAGUGACACUUGCAAGCUCUGUAACCGAUGACGUCAAGUACAUCAGCAGGAUGUUCAGUGACCCCAGGGCGGCCCCAAUGAUGGAGGAGAAUCUGAAGAAUCUGCCAGCUUCUCUGGUUGUGGCUGCGGAAUGGGACUCGCUCCGAGACGAGAGCUUCAUCUUAGCUGAGAGGCUGAAACAAGCUGGGAACAAAGUUCAGCUUAAGUACCUGCCCGACUCGUUUCAUGGAAUCUUGAAUGCUUUUGAUUAUGAGAAGUUUGGGUUCGAUGCUGGUCCAGUUAUCAUGAAUAGUAUUUUAGAGUUUAUUAACAAAGAACUGAAGUAA